UUCCCCGACUGGCCUUCUGGGUAGUCUACGGCUGAGAGCGAGCUGCGCUCGAGCCCUCAUUCUGCGCUGCACGUUCGAGGCAGCAGUUGUAGGUGACUCGAAGUGCACUUAACGCACGGAAACCUUGGGAUACGGACUUACAUACGUCCUUGGAACAACAUUGUCGAAAGUCUGGAAAGAGACGGUGGUGUCGAGAGUGUAUUUGGGAAAUCAUAAGAAAAAAACGCUCGACAAAAUGCGUAACGACUGACCAUAUUCGGAGACGGCGUGCUCGUUGUCUGCCUAGCCCAACAUGGCGCUGCGAAGCAUUACCGGGCUGAAUUAGUUCGUCUCGUGGACUCUACGGACGUUCGCCACCUGUACGCUUAGGGACUACUGAAUGCAUCUUAUGUUUGGACUAAGGAAUACAAUUUUGGAUUUCACUGGAUUUCGAGGAUGUUAAUAUAUCACUUAACGUCGCAUUUGCCCAUGACUGGAUAUACAUCGAGACUUUGGAUUGUUAACAUGUUUAAGUCAUCUUCAGUUCAUUCCACGAAGUAAAUAGUUUUGGUCUGUAUUUGUUUUCAGUUCGAACACAACUGUAGGUUACUGUGCAAACAUCCGAUGUGUUCAGAACUGAUCUUUGCUUAGUUUUGGGAUGUCUGCCUCUCCGACACUAAUAACGGUGUUCACUGCUUCAACUGAUCGUAUCGUCAACUUAUAACUAGAGUUUUUUUUUCAUAACCAAGGACGAGGAAAUCAUUUCGACUUUAAGUCUGCAAUUUAUAAUCCACACGUUAUGGUGAAGUCCAGACAAUCUAGAAGAGACAACUAAAGAAGAUACCACACAAAGCAUGGUGGAUGCGAGUACAGCUUGCAGGAUGAACCCACUUGCUGCACUCGGCAUUGAUCGGAGUGGUCUGAUGCAUGAGGGCCUUCGCGUCCACGGUGGGAUGGUCUACCCUCCAGGAAUCCACACGCUGCCCACCGAGAAGGCCCGCGAGGGAGCCUCGCUGCCUCUGGGUUACGUCAGCGACCGCAUCCCUGACCUUUACAAGCAGGACGUGUCUCUGGAUGCAAGGAAAGCGACCAACGGCUACGUGGGCCUCUACAAAAGCCCCCCGCCAGGGCUGCCGAAGCCCAUGGUGGUGCCCGGGGGAGGCGCGGAUGUCCUGGGGCUCGACCGGCGAGUCGGGCCUGGGGACAAGCCCUCCGAGCUCGGCCUGAACGGCAGCAGCAGCUUUCUCGGGCGGUUACCGUGGAUGUCGAACCCUUACCAUGAGGCGGCCAUGUACCCCUUUCUGGACUCAAGUAAAUACGCAGCACUUAACAUGUACAAGGCGUCCUUCAUGUCCCAGCCGUCCCACUACCUGCCGCAGCACCUGGCCUACCAGCCGGGGGCCGAGCGCCUCUUCUACAUGUCCCCGUACCCGCCCGCCCCCAUCUCCUCCCCCCUCGCGCCCCCGCUACGCAUCCCCACGGCAACGGUGGCGCCCACCACGCUAUCGCCGCUCAUGCACUGCCAGGACAAGAGCCUGGCCAGCAUGGGGCCCAGGAUCCACCACGAACCCUCCGCAUUUGGACAGCAGCUGCACCAGCCCCAGCAUCAGCAGCUGCAGCCCCAGCCCCAGGCACACCACCAGGCCCACAGCGACCGGCAGCACUGCCACAGCAGCAGUAGCGACCGGCAGCAUGGUAUCAGCAGCGACCGGCAGCAUGGUAUCGGCAGCAGCAGUGACCGGCAGCAUGGUAUCAGCAGUGACCGGCAGCAUGGUAGCAGCAGCAGCAGUGACCGGCAGCAUGGUAUCAGCAGUGACCGGCAGCAUGGUAUCAGCAGCAGCAGCAGCAGCGACCGGCAGCAUGGCAUCAGCAGCGACCGGCAGCAUGGCAUCAGCAGUGACCGGCAGCAUGGCAUCAGCAGUGACCGGCAGCAUGGUAUCAGCAGCAGCAGCGGCGCUAACGGCACCAACAGCAUCAUCAAUACCAGCAGCAGCAGCAGCAGUGGUGGUGGUUGCAUCAGCAAGUCCUCUCGCACGCCUUCAAGCAGAAGUGCCAGCUCCAGCAGCGUGAGCAGCAGCAGCGGCAGCAGCGCGAGCUGUGUGAGUAGCUCGGCGAGCGGUAGUGCGGUCAGCACGUGCCACCUCGUGGACACUAGCCCUGCGUCGGUGAUGCACGCGCCGCGCCCGUCUGCCCGACCCGCACAGCCGGCCGGCCACCCCCCUCCCCCUCCUCCCCCCCUCGUCGACAGCACUUUGGACUACCAGAAGUUUCGGAGUCCGUCCUCCACGGCGUCCUCGGCUUCGUCCACUCCGGUCAUGUCCCACCCGUUCUACAUGAGCAGCGGGUCCCAGGAGCACCGCUCGCCCCUACGGUCCACUAGCCACAAGCCAAAGCCCAAAGACGGGAGCGCGGAGCACCGGGGCGGUCAGGCCGAACGGAAGGCCAGCAAGUCGCCCUCGCGGACUCCCUCCUCUGCGUCCUCGGAGAGGCCGGCUCCGCAGGCUCCUACCAAAGACCCGGCGGACAAGCCCUUGGAUUUGUCUGCCAAGAUCCUGGAUUUCGAGGGGCCCCCUAACGGAUUCCCUCCAAAGCUGGAGGCCUUGGCCAAGCUGGGCUACCCUUCCCCGUCAGCUCGUUACGGACUGCCCCCCAGCCGCGAGCUGCUCAAAGAGACCUUGUCCCCUUCAGCUGGCACGUCCUCCUCCUCCAAAACGCCAGAGAGGCCUGAGAUUAUUAGCACUUUACACUCCUCCUGGGUCGUGCCGCACAGCGCGCCCACGCCGCCAACGCUAAACCCGGACGCCGGCCAGAACAAAGGCCCCUCUGUGAUCAAAAACAAGAAUCUGGAGCACGUGGCUACCCAGCCUAGGAGCUCCUCAUGCCCUCGCAUCGGCGAGGCCAACAACGUCCUGAUCCCCACACCGGCCCCGGCCCCCGUAAUCGUGACUCCCGUCGGUCGGCCCUCCUCCACUUCGCCUUCCCCGAAGCCCAAUGGCGAGUGGCCGAAAUCGAACCCGACCCCGUCGGAAAAGGUAGCGGUGGCGAGCCGCGUCGGCAGCCACCAGCAGUGUGUCAAAGCGGCGAAACCCUCGAAAAAACCCGAGCCCCAAGAAAUCCCCUUUAAACCGCAGCAGUCCCACUUGGAGAAUGGACACCCGUCUGGUCAUCUGUACAUGCCCCAGAGUGAGGCGUAUAUGUCCCCUGGCCUAGCGUACGCUAACCGCUACCUCCCUUACCCUGUCCCCGACAGCAUGUCCCUCUCUCAUCUGCAGUUGUCUGGCAAAGGUCCAGUCUACCCCCACCCUGUCCUACUGGGCAGUACCAAUCUCUACCCAGCUCGCCUGCCUCCGAAGCAUGGCUUGCCGUACGGGCUCCCACCUUCGCACGGAGAGUAUCUGACCUAUCAUGACCCCCAGGAGAUGGUCCACCCCCUCAUGUCCCCGCACCUAUUGGACCCUAAAGUUAGCGAGCGUCUGGAGCUGCGCUCUCGGCAUCCGCAGGACAAGUCCUGGCAUCACGAGGAGUCCCCCUACAAAAGGCCUGGCAUGACUGAGAACGAGGCGCUCCACAAAGCCGACCGCGAGGCUCUGGACAAAGUGGACGCGCUGAGCUCGAAAGGGAACAAGUCCCACGCUUCGGCGUCGGCUGCUGGGGGAAGGGAGGAGAUCAUCUGCAUCGACCUGAUCCAAGACGACGCAGAUGGUGGCAGUGGGGGUGGGGGCUCCCAGGCUAACAAAUACAGCGUGAUCACUGCCAAGAGGCGUGACCCCUGCAGGCCUGGUGGCGGUGGUAACGGAGGCGAUGGAAAGGAGCCAGAGCUUAUGCAGAUCCUGCGCUGCGGCCAGCAGCCCACCUCCGAGUCGCAGGCGGCCGAGGCCGACGGCCAGCACGAGCCCGCUGCCAGCAGGGCCCGUCCCCUAGAGUCUGCCGAGGGCCUGCGGCCAGAGUCGGCCGAACACAGCCAGGACGAGGACAGCAUGUCCGAGCACAGCCCGCUGCCGGCGCUGUCCGAGGAGCAGACGUUGCGCUGCGCCCGCACCUCUGGCGACAGGACCUCGGACGAGUCCGACUACAAAGCCGACCGGCACGGCGCCGCCGGCGCUGCUCACGGUAACAGCGGUAGUGGUGCUGCGGCUAUCCGCCGCUACGUGGACCUGGGCCCCAAGGAGGCCGCCAAGGACGAGGAGGCGCACGAGUCUCACGAGGACGAAGAGGAUUGCGGACACGGCUCGUCCAAGAGCCGGCGCUCCAGCCUGACCAAGCGCAUCGCCAACUCCUCGGGCUACGUGGGCGACCGCUUCAAGUGCGUCACCACUGAGCUCUAUGCGGACUCCAGCAAGCUGGGCCGAGAGCAGCGUGCACUGCAGAUGGAAGUCUUAUCACAAGAGGACAGUAAUUUAAGGCAACUUGCUGCCAACUGUGAGCGUGCGAUGAUGCGCUUCUCGGAGCUGGAGCUGAAGGAGAAGGAGGGAGGUGUGGCGGGGAGCCAGCGCGGUGAGGGAGACUGGGAACGCAGCCAAGCCUGCCCCAAGCCCACGGCCACAGCCCUCGCCGAGCAGCCAGAGAGGAACGGUAAGAGCUACCCCGCCAGGUCCUCUAUGGACAACGACCUGCAGCUACAACGGCACCUUCCUGCUCUCCGGUCUCUGGGUUUCCCCUCCAACAUCCAGCCUCUAACAUCCAGCCUCCAACAUCCAGCCUCCAACAUCCAGCCUCUAACAUCCAGCCUUCAACAUCCAGCCUCCAACAUCCAGCCUCUAGCCUCCAACAUCCAGCCUCUAGCCUCUAACAUCCAGCCUCUAACAUCCAGCCUCUAG